CAAUAAUCAUGGCUGUUGAAGUGUUGUUGUCUUUCUUUGCCGAUGCGUUUCGGCCACUAUAUUUAGUAUUUAUAGUGCCAACAGUUGUCACGUUGGCUGUGGCUUUUUGGAUUUAUUACAGAGCGACCCAUGGAGCGUUUCAUUCCAAGUACAGGCUGGAACCGCGGCCGCUAGUAAAAGACCAGCGAGAGAGAGACAAAGUUCUCAAGCAAGGCUUUGCUUCGCGGAAAAUACCUACCGACCUAGACGCAAUUGUCGUGGGUAGUGGCAUCGGAGGGCUAUGUACAGCAGGCUGUCUUGCCAGGUUUGGGAAGAAGGUGUUAGUGCUCGAGCAGCACGACCAAGCUGGUGGCUGCUGCCACACGUUUGAGGAGAAGGGAUAUGAGUUUGACGUCGGCGUCCAUUACGUUGGGGAGAUGGUCCGUUGGAAUCUGAACUACAAUCUUCUUGACCAACUGACCAACGGGCAGCUGCAGUGGGAAAAGCUGGACGAAGACUAUGAUAGCGUCGUUGUGGAGAGCGAACGCAUCCCGGUCUACACGCCGCCCGACAGAUGGAGGUGCCACCUGCUGGAGACGUUUCCAAAAGAGAAGGCGGCGAUCAACGAGUUUUUCCGUCUGCUGAACUUGUUGGCGGGACAAUCGUACGGCUUUGCCUUGAUCAAGUACACGCCAAGAUACGUGGCGGAAUUUCUCAUCAGGUGGGGCAUCAUCAGGUGGCUGACCAGCCUCUUUCAUUACAUCGAAAUGCCGCUAGUCGACGCGCUAAAGCGCAUGACUAGCGACGAAAAGCUUCGGGCAACGCUGAUGUACAAUUUCGGCGACUACGGUGCCUCCCCCCGCGAUUCUAGCUUCGGGAUGCAGCUUCUCCUUCUGCAACACUUCCUCAGCGACGGAGGCUACUACCCACGAGGGGGCGCCAGUGAGCUGGCCUUCCACUUGAUCCCGACGGUGGAGUCGGCAGGGGGAAGGGUGCUGGUGCGGGCGCCGGUGUCCCAGAUCCUCACUAACGAGCAAGGCCACGCGACCGGUGUGAGAGUGAAGAAGGGGGAGGACUACGUGGACAUCCAUGCUCCUAUCAUCAUCUCCAACGCUGGCGUCACCGUCACGUUCGAGCGAUUGCUGCCGAGAGAGAUCGCUGAGAAAUCUGGUUACCUGACACCCCACCCCGCCAUCAGACCUGGACACGCAUGCCUGCAGGCUUUUGCUGGCUUUACCGGAACUAAGGAGGAGUUGAAUCUGCCCGCACAGAACACGUGGUACUUCCCCGACUCGUCCGACAUUGACGGCGAACUUGAGAAGUACCUGAAGCUGAGCCAGGAUGAGGCGGCCGAAUCCCCCAUUCCUCUGCUGUUUCUCUCCUUCCCUUCCGCGAAGGACUCGACAUACAACGAGAGACAUCCAGGUAAGUCUACAGCGACGCUCAUCACCCUGUGCAACUACGAGUGGUUCGCGCAGUGGGACGCCGAGCGAGUGAAGAAUCGCGGCGACGACUACGACACAAUCAAGAUGGCGAUGGGGCAACACCUGCUGCGACGACUCUACGAGCUCUACCCUCACCUGGAGGGCAAGCUGGAUUUCCUGGAGGUCGGCUCGCCUGUGUCGCAGAACUACUACGUUGGCUACAGCCGCGGAGAGAUCUACAUGCUCGACCACCACCUCGAGCGAUUCAAGAUGGACGCCUGCCUCAUGCUGCGGCCGGAGACGAAGAUACCGGGACUGUACAUGACAGGUCAGGACGUGUUUACGUGCGGCGUCGUGGGAGCGCUGAACGCAGGCCUCGCCACCGCCUCUGCCGUCCUCGAUCGCUGCCUCUUCCUCGACCUCACCUGCCACCUGGCGUGCGCGCGUCUCGCUCACUGCUUCUCGUCGGGCCCCGCGGAGAAGUGUCCCGGAGAGAAGGCCGAGAAGAAGGAGGAGGAGGAGGAGGAGGAGGAGGAGGUGGUCGCCAAUGGUGUCGCGAAGAAGAAGGAGGAGUAGGACGUCGGACUGUCGUCGCGGCGACGGAUCAUGACGCGCUCGCCCCCCCGUCGGCGGUCGGACAUUCCGUUGUUUGUUCGUUGCGGGUCGAGCGUCGAUGUUGGUUACGGCGGAGCGGCGGCAGUCUAGGCGACUCGUCACCUGGCUGUCGGCUUUGUCUCUGUUCUGUAGACGGUCGUCGUUCAAUUUUUCGUCUUUAGUUUGUUAUUAGAUUCCGGAGUUGGUUUUUCUUUUGCAAAUUGGCGCGUCGUGACAGGGUUCUUAUUGGACAUGUUUUCGAUUGCGAUUGUGCCGUAGCUGAGCUUUUACUUCGAUGACCGCUGCGAGUUGAUAUAUUUCUCGAUUAUUUCAUGCCUGGGAGGUAUGUCGUUGUUCUAUAUGCCACUAAUUUUAUUAAUGUCUGGGCAAGUGCCGCCACCUAUAUGCAGCGAUCGCAAAGUAUAAAGUUAAUAUUGAUUGCAAGUAUGGAUAUACAUUAUAUACACAAGUUGACCACCGAAUUUGAUGAUUCAGACAAUUUUACAUAGUACUCACGUCAUGUACGUGAACAUUAAACGUAACCCGUACCUGUAACUGUUUUUUUAUUUACAUUUAUAUUAGUUUAUGAUAUAAUAUUAUACAGGUACAUCUCUAUUGGUUUCUAGCCGCUAAGGGUGCUUAAGAGUUAGCAUGUAGCUAAUGGAUAGGAGUUGUCUAGGGAAGUAUAUAAGCUUACCACGUAUAGACCUCUGAUGGUCCGGAAAAAUUGCUGGUCUGGCAAAACUGCCGGUCCCUAGGGUGCCUGAAUAACAAUGGUCACUGUACACCUAUAUAUAAUAUAUAUAUAUAUAUAUAUAUAUAUAUAUAUAUAUAUAUACAUAUAUAUAUAUACAUUGUUUUUUAUGCGAUGAUAGUGACAUUUGCAUCUGUCGGCAGUAUUGUUACAUAGCGACAAUUAACAUGCAGCAGUUUUUUCGACCCUUUUCUAAGUGUAGUUGUAACGAAGCAGUAUGGCAUCCACAGCAACGUGGCGCAUGAUGGCGCCUGGCAUGCACGAGCUCCUCUGGUGUCAUCGCAGCUCCCGCGUGAGUACGCUGCUUCGUCGGGUCUCACUGUGAACAUUUCCGCACAGGUCCGCACGUCCGCCGAGCGUCGUGCGUGCCGCGGCGCCACCUACAUGCAGCUACACCGCGGCGAAUGACGCGGACGCGCGGAUGCGGGAUUGGGGGGUCAAGUGCAGAGCGAUGUGUGUUCACAGAUCAGUUUACUGAAGAAAGAGAGAGGUGAGAGAGAGAGGGGGAGAGGUGGAGAGAAGGGAGAGAGAGAGUUUUUAUUACUGUCUACACUGAAGUUCGUUUCUGGCAACAAUAAACCAAUGAUUAUUAGCACAUA